GGGUGCCGAGGGCUGGGAGGGGACGCCAAGGCAUCCCGGCCGCGCUGAAGCCGGGCGGGCAGCGCCUCCGAGAGAGCGCUCCCCAUGGAGCGGCUGCCCGGCCGGCCCUGAGCCCGCAGCCCCGAGCCCGCAGCCGCCCCCGAUGGAGCCCGAGGAGCGGAAGAUCUCGGUGUGGAUCUGCCAGGAGGAGAAGCUGAUCUCCGGACUCUCCCGGCGGACCACCUGCUCGGACGUGGUGCGGGUGCUGCUGGAGGACAGCCACCACCGGCGGCAGCGCCCGGCGCCGCCCGAGCCGGCCGGCGGGAUGCUGUCGGGGCCGCCGCACUCCUACUGCAUCGUGGAGAAGUGGCGCGGCUUCGAGAGGAUCCUGCCCAACAAGACGAAGAUCCUGCGGCUCUGGGUGGCGUGGGGGGACGAGCAGGAGAACGUGCGCUUCGUGCUGGUGCGCAGCGAGGCUUCGCUGCCCAACGCGGGGCCGCGCAGCGCCGAGGCGCGGGUGGUGCUGAGCCGGGAGCGCCCCGGCCGCGGGCUGGGGGCGGCCCGGGCCAGCCUGGCGCUCACGCAGGAGCGGCAGCGGCGGGUGGUGCGGAAAGCCUUCCGCAAACUGGCCAAGAUCAACAAGAAGCGGCAGCAGCCGCUGGCCCGGGAGGCCUCGUCGGCGGAGAGGAUGGAGACGCUGGUGCACCUGGUGCUCUCGCAGGACCACACCAUCCGACAGCAGAUCCAGCGGCUCCGCGAGCUGGACCGAGAGAUCGACAGGUACGAGGCUAAGAUCCACCUGGACCGCAUGAAGCGGCACGGCGUCAACUACGUGCAGGACACCUACCUGGUGGGCACGGGCGGCGAGCCCGAGCCGGGCCGGGAGCCCGGGCAGCCCGAGGAGCAGCAGCAGCAGCAGCUGCAGGAGGAGGAGAACUACGCCAGGAAGUGCGAGGAGGUGCUGCAGCUGCAGGAGCAGCGGGCGCAGCAGGAGGAGCUGCUGGAGCACCUGGCCGCCGAGAUCCAGGAGGAGCUCAACGAGCGCUGGAUGAAGCGGCGGCGGGAGGAGCUGGAGCUGGCGGCGGGGCCCGGGCUGGCCGACACGGACUGCGACACCACGGAGCUGAGCGGCGGCGGCGGCGAGGGCGAGCUGCAGCUGGAACACGAGCGGGUCAAGACCCAGCUGAGCACCAGCCUCUACAUCGGCCUCAAGCUGAGCACCGACCUGGAGGCCGUCAAGAGCGACCUGGACUGCACGCAGCGGGCGUGGGAGGACAAGGAGCGGGAGCUGCAGCGCCUGCUGGAGACGCUGGGCACCCUGGACGUGGCGGAGGCUCCGGCGGAGCCCCGCGGGGCGGCGGGCGGGGCGCGGCCGCCGGGGGCAGGAUGGAUGGAGCAGGCACGGGCGCUGCGCAAGGACCGAGCCGACAACGACGAGGACUCGGACACGGGGCUGAGCUCCAUGCACAGCCAGGACUCGGACUCGCUGCCCGUGUGCGAGUCGCUGGUGUAGCCGCCGGGCCCCGCGGUCAGCCCGGGGGGAGCGGGGCUGCCGGGGCAGGGGGGGAGCUCCCGGAGCGGGAGGCAGGCGCUCGCACAGAGGAAACAUUUUAAUUCGAGCUCUGGAGUUUGAACUUGUUCCGACUAGUCGUCCGCGGGCAGCGUUUAGGCUGGCUCGCCGGUGCUUUUAUCUAAGGAAGAGAAAACCCGCAGCGUGUUUUGUGUUUCGUUCACGUCUGGGGUUGCUCGCUCCUUAAAUCCUGCCGCGUCCGAAGCUUUUCUUGCCGGGCCUUUUAAUCCCCCGGCUGCCCACGAUCUCCCCGCUGUAGUCCGAGGCUGCUCCGGGGAAGCUCUUCAGGAGCGAAGGGCCGGGACGCGCUCCCGAGCGGGGAUCAGCAUCUCCCGAAGGGGUUCUCGCCAUGGCAGGGUCGGAUGGUGGCUUCUGGUGGGCACCGCCGGGCUCUAGUGGCCGACACAAACACACCCGGCUCCUUUACAGGCAAAAAGUCGCGACACCAAAGCCGCUGACCACUUAAACACUCCGGGGGAAAAGAGGCGACAGUCCUACUGACAGCGGCAUCUCCAGCUUUUGGACCCUACUGCAGUUCCUUUUGGCAACGAAAAGGGGUGAUAAAUCACUUCCUUUUCUCUCUUUUUCUAAAGAACAAGCUAAAUCAAGAUAUAGGUUAACACGUAUUAACUCUGCUCGGCGUAGUGCUUUUCCUUAUGCAUAGAUAAGAGUGCUUUGUUUAAAGGCGAACUGAGAAAUCGGUGUGUGUACUCGAUGGAGGGCAAUUAGCGGUGCCUGUUUGUCCACAGCCUUCAACUACACUUUUUCAGGCUGGCUGAUCUUUGGCUGAGCUUGGUUGUAGAUAAACAAGGUACAGAAUCAGCUUGAGCUACCGUUUUUAAUAACAUAGUUCAUACCAGGCCAAGAGAUGCAACGAUAAAAGCAUGACUCAAGCCCUACCUGCACUACAGCUUAAUUCUUUUCAGUUAUUCCAAUAAAACAAAAAAGCAGCCAUCAGCUGUAACAUGCAUUUCACUUAACUGCCAAAUCUUCCUCUGCAGCUUAACUCUUGCCCAGAAUAUAUGAUCUGCUCUUGCAGUAAGAGACAUUAAGGAUUUUUGUAUUCCAGAGUAAUUGCAGGAAUAGUUUAAGUGGUGAGAGACCAGAGAAUGUUGAGUCAGGUCCGACUGAUGGUGUGAACUUUUUAAAACUUCUGAGAUUAUUAUUUAUGUAAGAUUAUUUAUAAAAGUUUUCAUUUAACAGUAAGAAAUUAUAUAUAUAUAUAUUAAAAAAAAAGGGUUACACCAAUAGACCAGUUCUUUAUUUUCAUUAAAAACCUCACAGCCUUCUCACCCAAAGACCGUGUUCCACUCUUGCAGUGUUCCUGUUGGUGAGAAUUCUGAUGGACAUCAGAAAAUUAGGUUCAGGAGCUGCUCAGUUUGAAAGCAAGCAGAGAAAUGCUGUCUGUGGAUUUGCAGAGGCUGUACAAUUUUCUAUAUGCUAUAACUCUUGAUAAAUGUUACUCCACUGAAUGGGUCUCAGUUGUAACAAACUGCAGUUUAUUUUAAAUGCUGAUUAUAUAAUUUUUUUUUCAUAUUUUAGUCAACCUUGGAAAAUAUUUAAGAACCUAUUUUUAGAGCUAAUAAAACUCUUAAUAAAGCU